AUGGCGAUAGUUGAAAAGUUCUUCUAUGAUGGCGAUGACGGCGAGGUAGAGGAUAUGCGCAAGUACAAACCUGGAGGAUAUCACCCUGUACUCCUUGGUGAGGUAUUGCCCAAGCAGUCAACUUCCAACACUCGAAAACCAAGGUACUGGAUUUUGCAAAAGUUAGGCCAUGGUGCUUUUGCUACAGUAUGGCUAGCAAAGGAUCUUUUGGGCUCUCUUGGUUAUGUUGCUCUCAAAAUCAACAUUUCAUGUAUCACUGGUGAGAACAAUGAGAUCCGAAUUCUUCGGCAGUUACGGGAUUCCAGUCAUCAGAAUCAGCUUGGAUAUAAUAAUGUUAUCCAUCUAUUAGAUGACUUCACGAUUCAAGGGCCCAAUGGAAUACAUGAUUGCAUUGUUACUGAAGUAGUAGGUGGCAUGAGGUAUUUCCGUGAUACUUCAAUUUUUAAAGCUUGUGUCAAGAAGCUCUCACUUCAGGCUAUAAUGGGACUUUCAUACUUGCAUAGUCAAGGAGUGACUCAUGGUGACUUACAUAUUGGGAAUCUUGCUGUGAGCAUGCCUCAGCUGAAUGAGUAUCCAGAAGAGUCAAUAAUGGAGCAUUUUGCCAAUCCUGAAAUUGUUCCUGUUGUGGCUCAAAAUCCAUUGGAUCAGAAUGAGUCUGUCCCGGCAUAUCUUGUUCCGUCUGUCUCUCUGGUGGAAUUUUUAGAAUGGAAAGCAGGGAAUAGUGCAACUUAUGAACCCCUCUGCCUCAAGAUCAUGGAUCUUGGAAACUCGUUUCGAAAGUCAGACAAAAGACCGCCAUCAAACACUCCCAUAGCCAUCCGCGCUCCCGAGGUAACCUUCUGUGAGCUUUCAAAUGGUAAGGUAGGGUCGGAUUGGGAUAAACCUAUAGAUGUCUGGGCGGCGGCGUGCACUAUCUACCAUAUGAAUUAUGGCUAUGCCUUGCUGCAUGGAUUGGGUCGAGGUGAUUGGAUUAUAUACCAUACUCUUGAACUAGCUGGCCCUCUCCCACCUGCCUGGAGGCCGUACUGGGACUUGGAUAAGGUUUGCGCAAACGCUGGCGAACGACGACAGCUUGAUACGGAAGGGUUCUGGGCCGAGCAGCGGAUUCAUCGGCCUUGCGCACCCUCUCAGCGGGAUACAGACCAACUGAUUGAUUUGUUAAGGAGUAUGCUUAAGAUCAACCCUGAUGACAGACCACAAGUGAGCACGCUACUUGAUCAUCCGUGGUUUUCCUGAUUAAGAGCAUGAAAGUAUCUUUCUUCGCCCUCGGGCAACAGUGAUGAUAGGUGCAUGGGUCUAGUUCCCAGGUGCCGGCGCGUGUCGUGCUAGACGGUCGUGUUGAAAGGCACCAGGCAACUUCCAUAGUGGUACUACACGCCAAUCAGUUCAUUGUAAAUGUUCUCUAAUGAAAUGAUUUACAGUUAUG